AUGGCCGAAGUUGUCGGAAUCGUGUCCGCGGGAGUCGGAAUAGCAGCCUUUGUGGUGCAGAUUACAAGCACCAUCGAUCGUUUAAAAACCGCUUACGAGUUCAAUCAGAGCAAGGCGAACGUCGAGAUGGACGUUAUUGUUCGGCGCUUAGAAGUCUUACGGGAAAUUCUGCUCUCUCUUGAACAAAUUCAAGGACCCAGAUUUGUUGAGCUUGCCAUCAAUAACUGCCAAUUGACAUACUCCAGGGCCGACACGGCCCUCCAACAGGUCACCGACAAGCUUUCCUAUUUACGCGACCGCAGAUGGCGGAUCGCGCGACAUACAGCGGAGAUUAGAGACAAUCUUGAAGAGGCAAGUCUGAAGCUUGACCAUGUUAACUGUGAUCUUCAGCUUGCACUGUUGGCACAAGGCAGAGCUUUGACACCUCCUGCCAUUGCCGAUUCUAACACAGCACACAUCAUUCGGUCAAGCCCAACUUCAAGCGCACUGCCUCGGCAAAAAGCCUUCGACUGCACCCGAGCACAUUGUCACUGUUCAUGCCAUAUGACACGAAGAAGCUCGGACCGCUUCUGGUUCUUCGAGUACAGCCCUAUGUUUUUAUGGUCAAGCAGCUGUAGCACUUCACAGUGUACAGCAACACGCUAUCGCUGGAGUCUUCAAUUUGCCCUCAGCAACUACAAAAUUCCGUUCAAAGUGCAUACGACUCUGGAAUUCAUUGCACAAGCUGGCAUGUAUUCUCUCAGACCAGCUCUCAGCGUACAGAGGGUGGUCAGAUAUACAUCCCCCGGUUUUGAGACCCUCUGGCUUUUCAAACAAGGCUACAUAUCUCUUCCAGAAGCACAGGGGAGAUUUCGAGAGCUCGCGAAAUGUGAUGGCACGUUGAAGCAUCAUAUUAACCCAGGUGGCCGCAAUUAUGUUCAGGAACUCCUGUCCAAUGGGCCAGCUGUUGGUCAGUGCCAAGAGAGUCAAUUCGAGCUUCUGAGGUCACUAGUCUGCGAACUAGGUAUGAGUCUUGAAAAACUGGACCAAAAAUUCUUAGUUCGUUGUGCGCGAUGGAUUGGUGAAGGCUGGCAUAUUUAUCUGCUUGAAAAAAUCCUUGAAUACGGCUUUGACCCGAGCUGCAGUGAUUCACCAGUAUACGAAGAGUGGCCGUCGACAUGUUCUCCCAGCUGGAUCUGUGAGGAGAUAACGCCAGACCCUUUUUUCAUUGAAUAUCUUGCCAUACUUACAAAAGCCUGCCCAGGGUUUGCUGGAUUGACACCUCUACAUGACAUGGUGCUUCAGAACGACAGAGACGCGGUGGCCUCGUUUCUUUCCCGCUCAGAGCUGCGUGUACAGAAGAAUUUUCUGGGCCAGACACCCCUGCACUUGGCAUGCGGUAAUCCGGAUGUCGUCGAAUUGCUUGUUCAAGCUGGCCACGACAUGGACGUCACGGACAAGCAGGGUAUUACGCCACUGAUGUACGCAUCUGCAACUGAAAACAUCAGCACCGUACAGCUACUAUUGACUAAGGGAGCCAAUCCUUUCCUUAGAGACUCGAAAUGGGAGAGGAAUUUUAUCGACUAUGCCGCUGUCCGUGGUCAGUGGCAGCUGAUCAUUCAAGCCCUUGCCACUAUCCAAACACAUUACCCGCAGGACGACUUUGACUACUUUGUUUACUGCGCCUGGAUGCAACUCAUAAGUUGCACUAGAGGGCGAGAUGAUGUGUGGAGCAGAGUUAUGGCCAACCUUGUCAGUCUACCAGCAGAUUGCAACACCCUGUUUGACGAUUACCACCUUGGAGUCCAAGAUAAUAACCUUCUACAUUACGUUACGGACCGCGAUGACGCCGAGGUCCUUGUUCAACAUGGCUUCAGAUCAUUUAAUCUGCCCAACAGUAAAGGUCGAACCGCCAUUUAUUCAUUGGCGCCCAAAUUGAACGCACAACUGACCCGAUUCCUGCUUGAUCACGGAACUGACCUUAAUCAUGUUGAUCAACAAGGGCAUACUGUCCUCUUCAAAUUGUGUCAACGACUAUCAUAUAUGGGCCAUAAGGUCUGGGAUGCGCUCGACUCCAUAAGGAUAUGCCUAAGCGGGGGUCUCGAUGUCUGUUCAUCAGACGAUUGCCGAUGUCCGUGCUCCCCUGGAGGAUGUUUCCUUCCUGCAGCCUUCGAUAUUGCUUCCAGAAACUACAUCAUACCCCGCCAACCGAGCUUUGUAUGGGGUAUGGAAUUUCUUUCCAUUGUGGAGGAGGUGAAAGGCCUUGAUGACUCGAAAAGAGUCCUGCUUGGAUUCUUACGCAAGUCACAUUUCGAGAAGAUCGACAUAACUCAUGUAUGCUGUUGCAAAGGGUCGAGGAUCCCAGGCUCAGAUUCUCAUUCACGCAAAUCAAUGGCCGAGGAUGAUAUCGACGAGAUUAUGGACGAAGAAAGAGAGUUUAUUGCGGAGCUUGAGACAGAAAUGCUCCUCGCAGCUUCGAAGCCCAUGGGGUGCUUGCUGUCUGAGUGGAUGGUCAUGUUACGAGACAAGUACAAGGAGGAGUACGAGAAACGGGAUAAGAAGUACAAGGAGUACGAGAAGCGGAAACAGAGAUCUGGUAGUCAUGAAACCUCUGACAUGCCGCCAUACAACGUCGACUAUAAGAACGACACCUAUAGAAUCUGCUACGGGGGUCACAUGCCAAGUCCCACACCUAUAACCAAAUAUAUGGCUGAAUACAUUAUAUGGUUGGAGCAUCAGUACAAUAGGUCAGAAGCUUCUGGAGAAGCCGAGUCUCAGAGGCGAGCAUGGUACGAGCGACGGCUUGCAUGGUUCACGGAGCUCAUGGAUGUUAUGGAAGUGGAUGCUGAGACACUUGCCAAGGAAGUCGAGUACUAUAUUCAACAUGGAUCCUGGGAGGAGCGGAAUAUUCCGGAUCGGGAGCGCAUAGUUGAGCGCUUUCUAGCAUCGAUGGAGAUCCGAAAGUCAGCAAAAGACGGACCAUGA